GGGCUUGGGAGGAAACAUCCAAAAGACUAAUUCAACAACCUCAUUUAAAGAAGGCCAACUCAACAGAAGUGAAGAUGGCGGACCAGUCGUUGCUAUCAGAGUCUGCUCUCGGGUGGUCUAUAUUCGCCCUUGUAUUUUUGGUGAUCCUGUCCUUCUGUUGGGUCUACAUCAGGAAGUACCAGAGCCGCCAAGAGAGUGAGGUCAUCUCAACCAUCACUGCAAUAUGCGCAUUGGCCAUUGCACUGAUAACCUCUGCACUUCUUCCAGUGGAUAUAUUCCUAGUGUCUUACAUGAAGCACCCCAACGGUACUUACAAGGAGUGGGCAGAAAACAAUGAGACACGAGGCCAAAUCGAAGACACUGUGCUGUAUGCUUAUUACUCGCCAGGACAAGGAGUCCUGUGGACUCUGCCUCCUGCAGCGCCAGGACAAGGAGCCCUGUGGACUCUGCCUCCUGCAGCGCCAGGACAAGGAGCCCUGUGGACUCUGCCUCCUGCAACGCCAGGACAAGGAGCCCUGUGGACUCUGCUUCCUGCAACGCCAGGACAAGGAGCCCUGUGGACUCUGCCUCCUGCAACGCCAGGACAAGGAGCCCUGUGGACUCUGCCUCCUGCAACGCCAGGACAAGGAGCCCUUUGGAUUCUGCCUCCUGCAACGCCAGGACAAGGAGCCCUGUGGACUCUGCCUCCUGCAACGCCAGGACAAGGAGCCCUGUGGACUCUGCCUCCUGCAACGCCAGGACAAGGAGCCCUGUGGACUCUGCCUCCUGCAACGACAAGGAGUCCUGUGGACUCUGCCUCCUGCAACGUCAGGACAAGGAGCCCUGUGGACUCUGCCUCCUGCAACGUCAGGACAAGGAGCCCUGCAGAGUUCCACAAGACCUGA